CUUUAAAAGUCAAUUUUCUUUUUGCAGCUUGAAGUAGUCGCGGAGUCGGAGAGAUGCGCGGGCGAGGGUUCCAAACUUUCAGUUGCCAAAAUCGAUUCCUUCAAAGGUGUUGCAGAAAUUGUAGAGAGAGAGUGAGAAAAUGGGGAACUUGUUAUCGUGGACCAAAGAACCGCCACCGCCAAUGGUGUUGGUCCCACCGCUCUUCGAUUUCCCUCCUCUUGCUGCCCGUACCAGGAUGUUGGAGUCAUCAUAUAACUUGUUAUUUGGGAAACUUGCUUUGAGAUGCCUUUUUGAGGAUUACUUUGAAGAAGCUAGGCAUUUUAACACAAGAGUCAUGCUAAAGCCAAUUGAUGAUCCUCAUGUAGAUUUGAUUGCAACUGUUUCAGGUCCACUCGAUCACAAGCCAGAGGAGAAAAUUGUGGGAAAUGCACUAUUCCGCUGGCAAAGUGAUGUUGAUGAUCCUCACACAUUCUUGGACCUUUUCGUAUCAAACUCUGAACCGAUUUUACAAAUGCGAUCGUGCGCUUACUACCCUAAAUUUGGAUUUGGAGCAUUUGGAGUUUUCCCACUGCUUUUAAAGAAAAGAGUAUCUUCUGAAGAUUUUGGUGUUAUGGGUUUGAGAUACGGCUCGGGGAAUCUGUCGAUUGGAGCCACACUUAUGCCUUUCUCUUUGGGAGAUGAGUUCCCAAAGAGUGCGUGGCUGGUAAGCAAGAUAGGAAGGUUAACUGCUGGGGUGCAAUAUGAGCCACAAUUUGGAAGCAAAGAUCGAUCAAGAUUUAAAAAUUUAGCAAAUUGGAACUGUGCUAUUGGCUAUGGACUAGGAUCAAGCAGUCCUCUGAGCCCAUCCUUCAAUUUUGGUCUUGAACUUGCUCAGAAUUCUCAGUUCAUUGCCUCAUUCUAUCAACAUGUGGUGGUCCAAAGACGGGUGAAGAAUCCGCUCGAAGAAAAUGAAGUAGUUGGAAUUACAAAUUAUAUUGACUUCGGUUUUGAGUUAAAGACCAGGGUUGAUGAUGACAAAACAUCAAACAACAUCCCAGAUUCCACCUUUCAAAUUGCUGCAUCUUGGCAAGCAAAUAAAAACGUCAUGUUGAAGGGAAAGGUGGGGCCUCUUAGCUCGUCUGUAGCUUUAGCAUUUAAGUCAUGGUGGAAACCUUCAUUCACGUUUAGCAUUUCAGCUACGAGAGAUCGUGUCAUUGGAAAGUCAACUUUUGGAUUUGGCAUCCGUGUAGACAAUAUUAGAGAAGCGAGUUAUCAAAGGGCUGAUCCAAAUUUUGUAAUGCUGACACCAAACAAGGAGCAUCUAGCGGAGGGUAUCCACUGGAAAAUUGGAAAGAGACCUGUGCUGCAGUCUGAUGUAAAUUCUGAGAAUUUUGAUGGCAUGCCCAGGGAAUUAAGGCCCUUGGGAAAAAUUUUGUAAUACUCUAGUAUAUUAUCUAUUUUCUUUUGCCUUUUGUGAAGUAGGCUACUGAAGUAACUGAACACUUAGUGGACUACUACUUUUCUUCGUAAAUUUGAACCACUGUUCAUAUCUCCUAAUUUGGGGUGUCGGAUUCAUAAACUGCUCCACUAAUCAGAUCUAUUUAGAUUUUCAACUCAUUCAAUGGA